UACUAACUGCAACAUAAAUAAUAAACAAAUGCACAUGGUCACACUUAGGAAUGACAGCAAUAACAGCUACGCUUCAUUUAAAGACAGGAGAAAAGAAAGAAUUUUCUUACAGCUGCCUCAAUAAUGAAGGAAAUGUUUCUCUCACUGAAAUACAUAAAUCAUCUGUUAUCUUGCAACAAAAACUUAACACUGUGUUGACAACUCUUGUAGAAGAGGAAAAAUCAAAGCUUUCCAAAUUAGGUGAAAAGUCUGCAGAUGCUAAUAAAGAUGACGAGGAAAAUGAUGACGACGAUGAUGAUGAAGAUGAAGAAGAUGGAUUAUCUCCUCCUGAUCAAAAGAGACAAAAAACAUGAAUUGACAUAUUUGAAUUUUAUUUUAUAAGAUGUACAAAUAGAAGAAGUUUAAUACUGUAUAACAAUUAAAUGUGAUGGACAAAAUGCAUAUAAUUUUGAAGUUUUUCAUUACUGUAUCUUGACAUUCUUAUCUUAUGUAAGGCUAGUAAAAUUACCUUUUAUA